AUGGUCAAAAACCAAUUUGGCGCCAAUUUCAAGAUUGGCUCACCUGGCAUUGGGAUUUCCAAUUUCAAGAUUGGCUCACCUGGCGUUGGGAUUUCCAAUUUCAAGAUUGGCUCACCUGGCGUUGGGAUUUCCAAUUUCAAGAUUGGCUCACCUGGCGUUGGGAUUUCCAAUUUCAAGAUUGGC